AUGGUGCCAGAGCAGCAUUUGUGGAGUUGUGAUAAUCGAGGCAACGCUUACUAUCUUUCCUCUUGGGAUGCUGGGUGGAAACGGUUAAGAGCUCGCAGGGGACAUCAAAUACGUGUUAAACGUAUUGUUGCCAGCAGUUGGUGCGUUUGGGCAAUUGCUGCUGACCAAUCACCCUACUUUCUUGUUCCAUCUGAUGGCACAACUAUCAGAGUUACAGAAAUCAUCACUCAGUAUGAGCGAUGGAAUUCAUCAUCCGGAUUUUCUUCAUCUAAUCUCACAGCCAAAGACCCACCAGAUUUUGUUCAGGAUGGUCGUGAAACUUAUAACUGGUCUGCUCUCCCAUCAACGAGAUGGAAAUGGGAAACCUCUGAAUGGGAAUACCUCCUUGAACACAGCGGUGAUCGAGCUGGCUGGGAGUAUUCUUCCUCUUUUCAACCGCAGGCAGUUUUCACCUCCUCCUACUAUACUGACAGUGUUGUAAGACGUCGGCGAUGGCAACGUGUUAGAAGCUUUCUUGGUCAUGAUCGGUGGCUGCUUUGCAGCGUCUCUCAAGCAGACUUAGAUCCCCUUAAAAGUGGCUCUCAACGAUCUUCCGGUUCAAAUGCGAUCCAUGUUCAUAAAUUGGUUCUGGGAGGCACAAAUAUCCCCCAUCAACCACUAGGAUUCCAUGUACUUUGGACUGUGACAAAAACUGGUCAGAUUAUCUGUCGAACUAACAUUCAUCGAAGCAAUCCUGAGGGUAGCUCUUGGGUGGAACACCAUCUUCUUUGUACUCCUGAUCCAAUUUCAAAUACACUUAGCCCAGAUGACCAUCAGCCAUUCGCAAUCGACAUAAAUGUUAACCUUAAUGGCCAGGUGUUUGUACUCACUGAUGAAAAUCAGCUCUUUUUACGCAGUGGCGUCUCCUGGAGGUAUCCCUAUGGUGAGUCGGAUUGUGGCUACUUGAUCUCUCGUAACACUCUCUAUUUGUCAACAGACAGUUUCAUAGAACACCUUGGUGUGGCUCUAUAUGGUGCAAAGUAG